UGCCUCAUCCCGGAAGUGGGAAGUGGGUUGAAGGCCGUUGUGGUCAGUGCGGUCCGGCAGGCCCGGCCCUGCACGGGCUCUGUAGCCAACAUGGCAGAUCCUGACCCCCGCUAUCCCCGCUCCUCAAUCGAGGAUGACUUCAACUACGGCAGCUGCGUGGCCUCUGCCAGCCUGCACAUCCGAAUGGCCUUUCUCAGAAAAGUCUACAGUAUCCUGUCUCUACAAGUACUCUUAACAACAGUAACAUCUACAGUGUUCUUAUACUUUGAGUCUGUACGGACAUUUGUGCAUGAAAGUCCUGCCUUAAUUUUGGUGUUUGCCCUUGGAGCUUUGGGUUUGAUUUUUGCGCUGACUUUAAACAGACAUAAACAUCCCCUUAACCUGUACCUGCUUUUUGGCUUUACACUUUUGGAAGCUCUGACUGUCGCAGUUGUAGUUACCUUCUAUGAUGUAUAUAUUAUUCUGCAAGCUUUUAUACUGACUACUGCUGUAUUUCUUGGUUUGACUGUAUAUACUCUACAAUCCAAGAAAGACUUCAGCAAAUUUGGAGCAGGGCUAUUUGCUGUUCUAUGGAUUUUAUGCCUAUCAGGAUUCUUGAAGAUGUUUUUUCAUAGUGAGACAAUGGAGUUGGUCUUGGCUGCUGGUGGAGCCCUUCUUUUCUGUGGAUUUAUCAUUUAUGACACUCACUCACUGAUGCAUAAAGUAUCACCUGAAGAGUAUGUAUUAACUGCUAUCAACCUCUACUUGGAUAUUAUCAAUCUAUUCUUGCACCUGUUGCGGUUUUUGGAAGCAGUUAAUAAAAAGUAAUUGAAAACAGUAUUUAAGACUUUCAUUAAGUAAUAAAGUUUGAGAUUUAAUUGUUAAAUACUUUUAUGGUCUUUAUUAGUAUUCUGAGCUUUAAAAUCUCACUAUUCCUUAUGGUAUAUGUUAUUUCUAAAUUCUUGUAAAUCAGGUAAGAGAUAUAAAAAUUCUAUCUUUUUAUUUUAUAAUCCUACAUUAGCCAUACCUAACUUCAUUUGUAAAUCAAAAAUAAUUUUAUAUUACAACAUUUAUCUUCAGUGAUUUAAAUUUCCCUUAUAAUCAGAUUUGAUUUUGAUUCUGAAGUACUAGUGUCCACCAUAAUAAAGUGUAAAUCUACUUUCACUAGCUUUUAAUCUCAUAGAGUAAAAAUUAUAAAAGAAAUUCUAGAGAAUUAUUCAGUAUUAAUUAAAAUUGUAUUCCACUG